AUGGCGGACGUGACUAGGGCUCCACGUACGAAGGACUUUGGAUCUACAUCCAUCCAAUGUCCGAUGUUGACUUCGACAAACUACACAGUUUGGUCGAUGAAGAUGAAGGUUCUACUACGUGUUCAUGAAGUGUGGGACAUGAUCGAACCAGGUGGGAGAACAAACCGCAUCAAAAGAGAUUUGGAACUCAAUCAAGUCACGCACCUAGGAGCUGAUCGUGUAAGGGAGGCGAGACUUCAGACGUUGAUGACGGAGUUUGAUAGGUUGAAGAUGGAUGAUAACGAUACGGUCGAUGACUUCGCGGGGAAGAUAUCGGGCCUAUCAUCCAAAGCAACCUCUUUGGGAGAAAACAUAGAAGAAUCCAAGAUGGUCAAGAAGUUCUUGAAGGAUCUUCCGAGACACAAGUACAUCCAGAUCGUAGCAUCGCUUGAGCAAGUCCUAAACCUAAACUCGACGGGUUUCGAGGACAUAGUUGGAAGGCUUAAGGCGUAUGAGUAA